AAGCGGAGCUGUGCAUUUAAGUCACGUGUAUUACAGGGUGAAGUUUAGCCCCAGGCUAUCCAGUCGCCUCUAUUGGGACGAAAACUGCUCUAUAUAUACACAAAGUGGCUUAGGGUAGGAAGAUGCUGGCACCAUAGCAACGGCCCUGUGCUCACAAAUCUGUAAUUUAAUGACAGCAGGGGGCAGGUAACCCGCUUUAACACCCCAAAUUUCGCUGAUCUGGCUGUAAUUUCAGUCAAUGUUCGUGCGUUUCUUAAAUUAUAUUGGAAAUACUCUAUUGAAAGUGUCACAUAUCUGGCGUAGAGAAUAGUUUUCCAGCAUUCGUUGAUGUCUCUUCCUAUGGCAAAGCCUUGCUGGGAGUUGUAGUUCAAGUGCAGCUGGAGAAUUUGCAGGCUUUAAUCCUGUGCAACAAGCUGAGUGUGAAUUGCUGCCACCUGAUUGGCUCUUGGAAACAAGCCAGAGGCAUGUCUCACAAGGGUAAGCAAUCCAAACCCAAAGAUGGAGAAUCCGGAAGUGAAAAAUCAGACGGAAGCCAGAAAAAAGGAAUGGGGAUUGAUGCAAAAACAAAGACGCAGACAAUAACAAAGAGCCCAGGAAAAAGGAAGAUUCCGGGGAAAGUAUUAUCAGAUAGCAGUGGAGACAGCUCUGGCGUGGAUGCUAAAAAGAAGAAAACCAUGGUGGAGCAGAAGGGGGAAAAGGAUGUCAGAGAAGCUGUUAAGAUAUCCCGUAUGGCAGCAGCCCCCUCUGUAUCUGAAUUUAAAUUUAACAAGAAAAGGGCUCGGUUGCUAUCCACCGAAGCGGAUCUUAAAGAAGAUGCUCAAGGGAUAGUGUACUGGAUGUCACGGGACCAGAGAGUUCAAGACAACUGGGCCUUUCUCUAUGCUCAGCGUCUGGCUCUCAAGCAGAAGCUUCCAUUACAUGUUACAUUUUGCCUGGUUCCUAAAUUCUUGGAUGCCACAAUCCGUCAUUAUGGCUUCAUGCUGAAAGGUCUGCAGGAAGUUGCUGAGGAGUGCAAAGAACUAAACAUCCCUUUUCACCUUCUUAUUGGAUAUGCAAAAGACAUUCUGCCAAACUUUGUUAAGGAUCAUGCCAUUGGGGGAGUUGUGACUGAUUUCUCUCCGUUGCGUGUCCCCUUGCAGUGGGUGGAGGAUGUUGGCAAGUGUCUACCUGAGGAUGUACCACUUGUGCAGGUGGAUGCCCAUAACAUUGUUCCUUGUUGGGUAGCAUCCAUUAAGCAAGAAUAUGGAGCUCGAACUAUUCGGAGAAAAGUACACGACCAGCUAUCACAGUUUCUUACUGAGUUCCCUCCUGUUAUAAAACAUCCAUAUGAGCCCAAAUUUGAAGCAGAGACUGUCGACUGGGAUAAAUGUUACAAAAGCCUUGAAGUGGAUCGGACCGUUGGAGAAGUGGAAUGGGCAAAGCCUGGAACAAAUGCCGGAUUUAAUGUAUUGCAGUCCUUUAUCUCGGAGCGUCUCAAGCAUUUUAAUUCAGACAGAAAUAAUCCAAACCAAAAUGCUCUCAGCAACUUGUCUCCAUGGUUUCACUUUGGACAGCUGUCAGUCCAGCGGGCAAUUCUUGAAGUUCAGAAAUAUCGCAGUAAGUUCAAGGAAUCUGUAGAUAGUUUUGUGGAAGAAGCUGUGGUGAGACGGGAGCUGGCGGACAACUUUUGCUUCUAUAACAAGAAUUAUGACAAAAUUGAAGGUGCUUAUGACUGGGCAAAAAAUACUUUAAAGGAUCAUGCAAAGGACAAGAGGACUCACCUGUACACUUUGGAAAAACUAGAGGCUGGCAAGACUCAUGAUCCUUUGUGGAAUGCUGCCCAGCUCCAGAUGGUGCAUGAAGGGAAAAUGCAUGGAUUCCUGAGGAUGUACUGGGCCAAAAAGAUCCUAGAGUGGACAAGUUCUCCAGAGGAGGCACUUCAUUUUUCCCUUUACCUCAAUGACCGCUAUGAGUUGGAUGGAAGGGACCCUAAUGGAUAUGUAGGCUGCAUGUGGUCAAUCUGUGGGAUCCAUGACCAGGGCUGGGCUGAGCGGGCAGUGUUUGGGAAGAUUCGCUACAUGAACUACCAGGGGUGUAAGAGAAAAUUUGACGUGGCACAGUUUGAGCGGCGCUAUCACCCAAAGAAGUUCAGCCAAUAACAGAUGGACGGACUGUGGAAAAUCCUUUCAAGGUGUUGCAAGACUUCUUUUGGGCUCUCAGGGAGAGAUUAUGGAUGAGUGCUUCAGAAUGUUGAGGCAAUAGUUAAUCUGUUACACCAUGGCGGCUACCCAUGUCAUGCUUGUCAUACUCUUGUAGUCAUUUCAUUUUUCUACGUUUCUUUGUAUUGGAAAUUGUUGCACGUGUUAAUGCUGUGUGGUCCCUAUAUGGAGAAGUCAGAAGGGGAAUUUUCCAUCAGGUAACUGCAACAUUCCAUCCUCAGCAGUGGAAAUAAAUAGCUGUUCUGCCGGUCACUUUUUACAACUUCUUAAAUGUUGUUGUUUUCUACAAAAUUACAGGGAAACUGUACUUGCAAAACAGCAUUUUUAUUACCAUAGCAGUUCAGCGAGAGAUCUCUGCUGCCAAUGCAACCAAUCAGAUGUUUGCCUUCAUUUUCUAACUUGUAGUCGCUGAUUAGUUGCAAUUGGCAACUGCAAUUUUACACCUUUGCUUGUAAAUCAGCACCAUUUUCUUUUUGACAGUUGGCAAUAUAAUUUUUUAGAGAAAACAGUCACUGAACUGCCUGCUGAUAUGAGGUUUUUUUCUAUCCUUCAAUGCCACGAUGCUUCCUACAAAUGUCAGCAGACACCAAAUAUAUAAAACAUGGCAGAAAAUAUAUUGCUUUAAAUUGCAAGAGUAAUGCAUUGUAAUAUGUUAUGUUUGUUGGUUGUUCUUUCCAAGGGAUUUAAACUGGUACUUGGCUUUCAGCUGAAGGUCUUGCUGUAUUGAUAGACUUAGAUUAUAAUAUGUAGACAUUUGACUACUGGCCUUUUGUAAUAAAUCCCUCAGGGAUAGCCUUUGUCUUUAUAUACAUGUCUUUUCAUAAAUACACUUGCAUGUUUUUGUA